AUGGCUGACGAAGAACAAGCUCCUGUUGCAGACGAAGCUGCAGCUGCAGAAGCCCCUGCGGCUGAAGAGGCCCCUGCUGCCCCACCUGGUGAAGCUGAAGGUGCUCCAGCCGAUGCUGCAGCAAAUGCAACACCAGCUACACCCGGAGGUCCACAAAUAGUACCACCGGUGACUGCAGCACAAAGAGCUGCCCAAGAUCCACUCAACACAGAAUUUUUAUACUACAGCUCGGUUUUGAGAAUACUUGGUCCUACUCUGACAAAGGAAGAUGAUCGGAAUUAUAUAAUACCAUGGAUCAGGAAAUUGUUCAGGCCGGAGUAUCAUAGCUCGAAAUUGAGAGAGAAACGAAAUCGAUAUCUGGCCUACCUGUCCACCUCACUGCUUCUCGACCAGGCCAUCGGCGUCUUCCGCGGUUUCCCUCCCGAUGGGGCGCUACCCGACUGCGAGGCCCUUGUCCCUCCCACGGUCCAAGCAGCAGAAUGGGAGGUGGACAAAAUGUGGCAGGACACGCUGCAAGGGCUGCCAGGGGACUUCCGCAUGCUGGAGUGCUGCGUUCAUGCGGAGGAAGCGGAGUGCAAGGCCGACCAUCGGUUGGACAAGGUAUGA